AUAGUAUUCAAUAUUCAUGUAUACAUAUGGCCACACAUUCGGGCCGUUGUUUCUUCUUGACGUACAUCGAAGGCAAUGGCGAGAGUCAGGCCCUCGGCUUCCGACUGGAGAGCGCUCUCACGGCUAAUGCUAUUUAUAGAGCGGUCACCGAAAAGCAUGCAUUUUAUAGCUGCGAAACUGUGAGGAAUACUGUGGCCACACAAUUCAUUAGAGACCUCAAGGGCACUAUCAUCUCAUUAUUCAACGAAAACACCACUUUAGGCAAGAAUUAUGUGUUUGAUAUCAGGAGGACGUGUCGGGAAGUCUAUGAUCACACCCGACGAGAGCUCUAUCAAUUGGAAGCCAUCGCCAAAUCUGAAGACACGGAAAGUCUCAAAUCUUUAGGUGAUCUCUGCCUUGAAUUUGAAUCCAUUGCCAGUCAUCCGCAUUUGUGUAGGAAAUCUGAGUGCAAAGAUAUGAAGGAUCGUUUGGAUGCCUUACAGGACUCGAUGUUAUGUCGGAUCUGUUUUGACAGCGAAGUGUGCACUGCGUUCAACUGCGGACAUGUCGUGUGCUGUGACUCCUCACAGUCAGAAACGGGUGAUUUCGACUCCGAAGUGACCUCUGCUUUGCUGUCAUAUCGGAAGUGGAUUCCACUUUCAAUACUAGAGACUGAAGUUUUGUGUAGUUCUCCGACCCUUCAGAGGAAAGGCAAGCGAAGGAAACACCACUCGGGCUCUUCCGGGCCUGAGAUUAGCUCUGAAAAUGAAGAAUCAUUUAGUGAUAUGGAGUCAAACUCGUGGACAACCACUUCGUUGAAUCAAGUGUUCAAUAGCACUGAGUUCUCGAGUCUCACGAAUAGUAUUAUUCAAUAUCACCAGAAACUUGAGUCCACGAAACCAAUGCACGCCAAGUACCUGUUUCUACAAGAAGUGGCAAAUCUCGAAGAUAUUGGAGUCGAAUAUUUUUUCGUCAAACUCAACAAUAACUCUGAAGAUCCCUACAAAAUAGGUGUCGGCCCUAAAGGAGUCACUAUUGUUUGCGAGCUAACAAAUGAAGUCAAAUAUACGUGA